AUGGCUCGGUUGAAUGACUACGCGGCUCCUGCCGAGUCGAUCGAUGUCUUAAAGCGUCGAUUUGUGCGACAAAAUCGUGAGAUCGCGAGAAUGAACUCUCUGCAAUCUCUUCGCAUCCGCAGCCUGGAGUCCGAGGUUUCGCAUUUACUGUCAGAAAACGUACUGCUUCGGAAACAAGUCAUCAAUCUCACUCAAGAAACGGAGAGACUGGAGGCAGCAAAAUCGCUCCACGAUGGGAUUUACGACAUAAAAUCCAAAUUGGAUGCGAAGUUGGCGGAACUUAGCAGCUUGGCAACGGACCUGGGCUCCUUGCCACGAAAAAUGGACAAGAUGUGCGAUGAACAGUCUGAUCGGCCGAAAAUGGCAGAGUCGAGACUCAGAAAUGAAGACAGCAUGGGAUACGAUGAUGGAAGACUCCCCGCCAUCGUGGAGGAUCAAUACUAUCCACGACGGACCUUAGAGCCCCAGGAGCUUGAAAACAUGGUCCGCGAGAACCAGAGCAUUUUUGAUUCGCCACAAGAGCCCAGCUUAAUAGAGGAUCAUGACGAACCAGACAUCCAGAACCCAAGUCCCUCGCCACCGGAAACAAACUACAAGUCCCAAAUCGAAAGCGAUUCUCCCGGAGACACCGAACCCGAGCCAGUACUUCCCCCAACCCUCGAGACCCGCAAGAAGAAAAAGAAGUCGACUUCGAUCGCCCCCCUUGAACCUGUCACUGCAGAGAUAGAGCAGCCCACAAGCCCGCGCAAUGACUCGGGACAUCCUAAAACCUCGGGCUCCAAGCGCAAAUUCUGCCCCGAAGACGAUGACCAAUUAUCCUCGACCAUCGACAUGGAAGAUGAUGAAUUUCAAUUCAGCCGACCAACUCAUAGCCCAAAAAAGCAGAUGAAUCCAUUCGGGCUUACUCGACGGGACCAGUCGCCCGUCAAGACCAAUAUUGAAAUGACAAGAGAAUCAACAAGCCUUGGCCCUCCUAAGCGAAAGGUCCUUGAACCGAAGAGUUCCAAUUCCAACUUGGGAUCCCCGAAAAAGGCUCGCGCAUCUUCUGGCCAAGACUCCAAGGUCCUACAAAGACCUACCAAGGGUGAUGAAAAUACAAGCUCGCCACAGAAGACCAAGGAUGCCGAGAAACUCAGCGAGAAGACUUUGAAUCAGAGACCGCGUGUUUCCCAGAUUGUCUCAUCAAAAAAGGAAAAACGCACCAGUCGCCCUUCCGAAUAUGAAGAAGCUGCCCCAAGCCUCUCUGCAUUGUCACCUCACCCCAAUGCCGUGAAGGUGGAGGCAGAGUCCGACGUAUCCUCCGGAAUUCGACCUUCACGACGUCGUGGUGCUGUAGUCAGUUAUGCAGAGCCCAACCUACGUGACAAGAUGCGUCGUCCUACUAAGGAAAUGAUCGAUGCUGUUGCUCUCGGAUCGCGAAGAUCAUCAAGUUUCCAGGCUGGCAGAGACAGUUUGAACGGCGAAGAUAUUCAACCAAGUGGCAGUUUCUCCGCAAAUUUGGUUUCAGCUGAGCAGAAUCCAGAUGUUUUCUCCCAGGAUGGGUCUUCUGAGCAACUAAUGGCAAUGGUGUCCCGGCGAAAGCGCAAGGUGUCAUCGGUUCCAAAGGACGAUGUUGAACCAGGACAUCCAAACUCUGGUCUACAGAAAGAGAUUGAAAACAGCAUCGCAGACAUAUCUGCCCAGGUGUCGCAGGAUACAUCGAGUUCGAAACGACAGACUCGACGACACUCAUCGAACCCGAAGAGUACGAGCGCAAGCAUAUCACAUUACGAUAUCGACCUGGCCGAACCACCAUCUCCCAGUGGCACCUCUUUUGGACAACCCGGAGAUUCUCCAGAAGACGAGCACUUAUUCGGAGCAGGACCGACUGGUUCAACAGGGCGUGGUCAGCGAGUUGCGGCAAGAAGAAAAAGCAUGAUGGUAUGA